AUGAAAAUGGAGAUGAGGAUAUUGAUGGAGAGUAAACUCCUCCUCUCCACCACCAUCUUAUUGCUCUUUCUUCUCUUAAUUUCCAAUCAUGGCCUCGUCAUGGAAGCCGAAGCUGCAAUGUGCUCUAAACCUUCCAAGCUAUAUGAAGGCCCUUGUAUAUUUAGAGAUGCUUGUAGGUUUGUCUGCAACGACGAAGGUUGGCCUGAUGGCAGAUGCACCAAAAUUUUUGGGAAAUGCAUAUGCUACAAGCCGUGUAUGCCUUGAAGUCCGAUGAAUUUCAGUGAUGCUUAUAUAAUUAAAUAAAAUUGCA